GCCCCCUGGCGAAACCCCGCUGAAACCCUGAGUCUCCUACCAUGGGGGAAGAAGGCGGCGGCCGCAGCUGUGGGAUCACUAGGGACCUGCAGAAGCUGAAGCAGCAGGCGAUGGCGUACUACCAGGAGAACGACGUCCCGCGCAGGCUGGAAGAGCUGCUCAACUCCACCUUCUACCUCCAGCCCGCAGACGUCUACGGGCACCUGGCAAACUACUUUUCUAAGCUUGCAAAGCCUCCCUCCAUAUGCAAAACAGCGGGGAAAAUCGUCCUGGAUGGAAUGGGGCUCCCUGCGCUACUGGUGGAAAUCUCCUGCACCAUUCAAAAUUUCCCCAAGUACAUCUGUUCCGUGGUGAUACCUGCUCACUUUGAAGUCUCCGAGAAUGCUUUGCCAGAGGUAGUGGAUGCCGAGGAGGCAGAAAGGCACCAGGCAGUGAACGCGGCUCUGCAGUGGGUCAAUGAAUCCAUCACAGAGGAGCUGUGGGGUCUGAACCCCUCCAACCAGGCAGAGGUGGACCACAGGCUCAGGAUAUUCUUUGAAAAUAAAGUACAAGAAGAUAAAGAGAGAAAAGAACUGGAAAGGAGCCUGGAGGAGCCAGUGCACGCACCCCCACCUGUAAUCCCACCACCACCUCCUCCACCCCCCACCAAAAAGAAAGGACAGAAGCAAGGACGGAGGGACACUCUUUUGGAAAAACCUAUCAUACCCCCAGAACCCCCUGAACCAGUCCUCCACGGCAGCAUGGCCAUAGGAGCUGUGUCUCUAGCUGUUGCUAAAACCAGUGCCAGACUGGCCGGUGUUCCUCUGUACAUGAACAUGGCGUCACUAAAGCAUGGCCAGGAGCUGCCGUCGAUGCUCACUAUGCCUUUGCUGAUGGGAUCUGUACUCAGCUGUGGGAAGUCAUCACCUGGGAAGCUAAACUUAAUGAAAGAAGUGAUUUGUAUACCCCAUCCUGGAUUAACAACUAAACAAGGUAUGGAUUUGCUUCUGGAAAUUCAGAAACAAGUUAACAGAGUGAUGGAGACGCCCCCACCUCCAAAACCAGAGACCAAAAAGGGGCAUGAUGCAGGCAAAAGAGGUCAGCAGCCAAUCACUGGCAAGAUGUCUCACCUUGGCUGUCUAACCGUUAACUAUGACACCAUAGAGCAGCCACUGCUUCUGAUUCAGGGGAUCUGCUCGAACCUGGGGAUAGAGCUGGGAAUGAGCCUGCACCUGGCCAUCAACUGCGCUGCACAUGAGUUGAUGGACUAUAGUAAAGGAAAGUAUGAAGUGAUGGCGGGCACAUACAAAAGCAUCGCUGAGAUGGUGGACCUGUACGUGGAUCUGAUCAACAAGUAUCCUUCCAUUAUUGCCCUAAUUGAUCCUUUCAGGAAGGAGGACGCUGAACAGUGGGACAGCAUCUAUAAUGCCCUUGCUUCCAGGUGCUACAUAAUUGCAGGGGCUGCUUCCAGAAGCGUCGCUAAACUCCUAGAGCACAGAAAUAUCAGCACCCCCAAAUCCCACGGGCUGAUCAUAAACCAUACAAACCAAACCACAAUGUCUGACUUGGUGGAAAUAACCCAUCUUAUCGACAGUAAGAAGCAGCUCGCCGUCUUUGGGACCAUGGAAGCAGAGUCCUCUGAUGACAGCCUUGUCGAUCUGGCUGUUGGACUCGGUGCCCGGUUUAUCAAGUUGGGGGGUCUUUCUCGGGGUGAACGGGUGACCAAAUACAACCGCCUUCUGGCUAUAGAGGAAGAACUCAUCCAGAGUGGAACAUGGGGUUCCAGUGAAGAACACACUUUUUCUUCCUUUCAAGAGGACGCUGAAAAGACCCCAGAGGCUAUUGCCGAGGACACUCUUGGGCCCCUGGACUCCAUCUUCCCUACAGAAGUUGUGGAGGAAUCGGCUAAGCUAUGAGCCUCCUUGGGCUGGACUCCGAGAGUACCAAUACUGCAAGUGUUGUCCAUGUCUGUGGUGUGAAGGGUGUCUCCACACUGGCUCGACUCUUCACGCCACCAACUCAUGCAUUCUUUUUAUUCUUUUGGUCUCACUGUUGGAUAAAAUAUCUCUCGGAUGGUUUUAUGUGACGUUCCGAAAGCUUUAUUUUACAGCCAACACAUUGCCAUGGUGACACAGGCUCUACCAUCUGCUUCUGAAGGUCAUGACCUAACUUCAUUAGAGGCUAAUCCAUUCUGAUGCCAGGCCCAUACUCAGUCAUGCACCUUACCCCUCACAAAUCAGAACACGUCUAGAACCAAAAGACAAUUUCCCUGAAUAGCCCCCAGUGCCCCACAGACAUCCAUUGAUUCUGUUAGGAUCUCUGCUACCCUCAGAUGGUUUUCAUGGCCAGGCACAAACACCAAGCACUACAGGGCAGCACCACAGGGCUGUAGCAACUGCCCGCGUCUGUAGCAACACUUUGAAUUAGCUUCCUAUACUGGCUGCCGUUCGCCCAUCCCUCCUCGUCUGUUGUCGGCACUGUCAUUCUUGUAUUAUUUUCUUCUUAGAUCACUUUGGCACAAAGGUGGGCAUAACUUAAUCAGCACACUUGUAAAUGAAUGUUCUGACUCUCUUAUUUAUACCGCAGCACGAAGAAGCGAGCAGCAAGUGGUUAAAAACGAUGACAAAUCCAUGUUGACAGAUGCGCCUCUUUUGUGAGUCAGUGCUGGGCUUUUAGCAGAGAGCACCAAAGUAAAUAUUCAAAUACGGAAAGAAUAGUGGCCAACCCCUUUACAUUAUCGUGUUCUUUGUUAGGUGGGUUAUUACAAGGGCUGUCUGUAACUAAAGACUGCAUAAAAUUGUAGUGUCCUGGCCUGUAGCAGAAUUA